AUGCUCGAAUCUCUGCUUCUCGGCGGCCUCAUCGCCGCCGCCGCGGUUGAAGCCGCGCAGCCCGGCGCCGUCAAGCCGGUGGCAGCGCCUAUGCGAGACCUGACUUGGGGCCAGAUCAACUUUCUGCAUACGACAGACACGCACGCCUGGCUCAGCGGGCAUUUCCUCGAGCCCUCCUUCUCCGCCGAUUGGGGCGACUACAUCUCCUUUUCCCAGCACAUGCGCAAGCUGGCCGACGACAAAGGCGCCGAUCUCCUCCUCAUCGAUACCGGCGACCGAAUCGAGGGUAGCGGCAUCUACGACAGCUCCGUCCCAAAGGGCCUAUACCAAUACGAGAUAUACGCCCAGCAGAAGAUUGACAUCAUCUGCACCGGCAACCAUGAGCUGUACCAGGCUUACUCGGUCGACAUGGAACACAAUACCACGGUUCCGAACUUUAAAGAGAAUUACAUUGCGUCUAAUCUCGACUACAUUGAUCCCAAGACUGGCAAGCGCGUGCCCCAGGCCCAGCGAUACCGCAAGUUCAAGACCAAGAACCUAGGCCUCAACAUUGUGUCCUUUGGCUUCCUCUUCGAUUUUACCGGCAAUGCCAACAACAGCGUCGUUCAGCCCGUGGCCGAUACCAUCAAGGAGGAGUGGUUCCAAGAGGCCAUCAAGGAAAAGCCCGACCUCUUUAUCGUCAUUGGCCAUGUCGGUGUGCGCAUGGAAGAGUUCAAAGCCAUCUUCAAGGCUAUCCGCAAGGAAGAUUGGGACACGCCAAUUGCUUUCUUUGGCGGCCACCUACACAUAAGAGACGCCGUGAGCUAUGACUCCAAGUCGCUAGCCAUCGCCUCCGGCCGCUACCUCGAGACCAUUGGCUGGAUGUCCAUCGACGGCAUCGUCAAGAAGCACCCCAAAGAUGGCGACAACGAAGACAACGAAGAAGUCGAGGUCCAAAAGAGUCCCACCUUCACUCGCAAGUAUAUCGACAACAAUCUGUACGGAAUGUACUAUCACACCGGCUUAGACGAGACAACCUUCCCCACCACCGAGGGUAAAAAAACCAGCAAGAUGAUUGAGCAUGCCCGCAAGGCUCUGAAUCUUGGACAUCGCUACGGCUGUGCGCCCCGCGACUUGUGGAUGACCAGGACCCAGUACCCCGGCAAAGACAGCAUCUACACUUGGCUCGAGGAGGAAGUAUUGCCCGACGUGGUCGUCAGCCAGGACCGAAAGGAUAAACCCCGGCUGGCCUUGGUCAAUACGGGUGGCAUCCGCUUCGACAUUUUCAAGGGACCAUUUACACGGGAUGACACCUUUACGGUGAGCCCUUUUACAAGUGGCUUCCGCUACGUGCCCGAUGUGCCGUAUGAUAUUGCUGCCAAGGUCCUUGGGAUUCUCAACAGCCAGACGAGGAUCUUUGUUGCUGGACUUCCAGAUACCAGGCGGUUGACCAUUCCUCAGUUAAUGUAUCCACGACCCAACGUCAUUAUUCCUGAUGAGACUGAAGUUGUUGAACAAGACGGCCGAGAGGAAGAUGAAGCAGAGGCUCGCCUCGAGCUCCGUGGGGUCGAUGCCUCUGGGGACGACGACACGCUCUUUGGCGGCUACACGACCAAGGACGACAUCAGCAAGGACGGAGAUGACACCGUCCACAAGCCCAUUGACUUCUACGCCGUGCCCAAUUGCGUCCAGGCCGAAAUUGGCUUCCCGGCCGAGGGAAAGCCCGAGACGGUGGACCUUGUCUUUGUCGACUUUCUGCUGCCAUGGAUCAUCCCCGCUCUCAAGUUUAGCGGCGGCGAUUACAGCACCAAAGAUGUGGAGCUGUAUAUGGAGGGGACAUUGACGACCAAAUUGGCCGAAUGGAUUGGCGACAACUGGAAGGAUGAGUGCGAAUAG